ACAUGAAACAAAAUAAAAAAUAAACGAAGGAAUUUAAAAGUUUAAAAGAGAAAUGAAGAUAUAAUAUAUUGGUUAAUAAUUAGAAGAAAUAAAAAUGUGUUUUCUAAUAUUGUAUAAUGAUAAUAAAUGUUCUAACUCAGAUGCUGCUCUGCAGCCUCCUCUGACUGGGCCUGUCCUACAGCAGGGUUCUACACAGAAGACAAGACUACGUUAAUCCUUUAAGAGGAUCAAGUCUCAGGUCCAGGGUUGAAGUGAGCGACACAGGGUCUGAUAGUGUCUGUAGUUCUGUCCAGGCAGCGUUUCAUUGGUAUUUCUGCCACAGGAAACGUGUGUUUGUCUUGUCUGAUGUGAUGAACUUGAACUAAAAGCCUCGGGACAAGUACUGUUUCUUAUGAAGCACGAAGAUGGAGUGAGUCCUGGGACCUGGUUUUUUGUUCAGAACUUAGGAAGAACCUAGCAGAGGAGUUGUUAAGGUAAAGUACUACUAUGCUUAAAUAUAAACUUGACAAUUCAUUUUUAUUUAUUUAUUUUUUAAAUCUGCUAACAGUGAGCUUGAACACACAGUUCAUGUAGUAUUCACUUCCAUCCAACAAGUGGCAGUAAUACAUAGGUAGCUGGUGCCUACCCACUUACGUUUUAAUGAUUAAAUGCUAACCAUUCUGACAACAACACGAUACGAUAUGUACAAUACGAUGUGUAAUAUAGUAAAGAACAGUACAGUAUGUUGAUGAAAUUACUAUAGUUCUCUCCAGGUGUUGACCUAUGGCGGUAGUGGAGGUCAUCUGCAGCCUGAUUGGCUGGCUGUGUCUCUACAUCUUCUUCUGUUGCACCUUCUCCCAGCGUGGCCCAGAGUGGAACUGCAGACUGGUCACACUGUGCCACGGCCUCGUCAUCGUGCUGCUGAUGGCCUACGUGGUCUUCAUAGUCGGACCAUGGCCUUUCACUCAUGCGGGUUCAGAGAACACUGAUCUCCAGGUCCUGGCCCUGUCUGUCUGCCUCGGCUACUUCUUCUUUGACAUUGGCUGGUGUGUGUGCUACCACACCGAGGGUCCAGUCAUGCUGGCACACCAUGUUGCCAGCAUCCUGGGCAUCUUGAUUGCCCUGAUCAUGGGAGUGUCUGGCUGCGAGACCUGCGCAGUGGUGUUUGGGAGCGAGAUCACCAACCCACUGCUGCAGACCCGCUGGUUCCUGCGGAAGCUGGGUCUGUAUGACGGCCUGCUGGGCGAUGCGGUCGACCUGCUUUUCAUCACACUCUUCGCCACAGUGCGAAUAGGAGUUGGGGCGUUGCUGUUUUACUGUGAACUCACGUCUCCCAGGACAUCAGUGAUCAUGAAGAUAGGAGGUGUGGUGAUGUAUGGCCUGGCCUGGGUCUUUAUGGUGGACAUCGCUAGGUUCGGCUACAAAAAAAGUAAAACAAAGUAUAAAAGGUGGAAAGAAAGGCAGAGGCUGAAAGAUAGUGAUGCUCACAAACUGGACAAAAGAGACUAAAAAUUCAUUAUUUGCUGAAGAUUGUUAAAUGAAAAUGGAUCAUUAUACAUCAUCACACUGCUGUGCUGUAUCUAAUAUGGUGAAAUAUCAAGCAUUUUAUGUCAAUUUGUCCUACUUUUGAUUAAUAAAAUUGUACAAAUUGGAGUCUCUAACAAAUUAAUCCAAUCCUGCAUUACAUACUCCUGCUC